AAGAAAAAAAAGCAACCCACCCUACAAUACAACAUAUAUACUUACAAAAUUAAGUAAUGAAACUUCCUUUCAUUCCCUCCCAAGAAAAUAGCAAUAUAAUCAACACUACUACUAGCACUCGUAAUUACGAACCAAAAUCUGUUCUCGAUAUUCGUUGCAGUCCUUCCAGUUCUGUCACUGCCGAUUCAUCUACCGAAUUCAACUCAGCAUUAUUAUUGCAUCAUCAGAAUACGAGUACGACUGAUAUUAUUAAUAUUAGUAGUUAUCAAAAUGGAAUGAAUAACGAAGCAGAAGAAUGUUGGGAUUCUGAUUCUCUAAUGAAAGAAUUAGGCCUUAUUGAUCAUGAUUCUUCUAAUUGUGAUUACAAAUCCAAUAAUAAUAAUGAUGAUUUACCUGACCUCCCUCCCUUUUUUUACCCCGAAUUCGAUCCAAAUAUUUAUCAAUACCCCCCUCCUUUCGAUAAUUUAUUAAUUGCCGAUGAUGAUACAAUUAACGAGUUUGAUUAUAGAGACGAGCUGACUCGUCUCGCUGAGUGCUGUGAAACGCAGUCGUUUCAAUUAGCGCAUGUGAUACUCGCACGCCUGAAUCAAAUACUCGGCUCUUCGCCAAACGGCAAACCGUUACAGCGAGCGGCUUUUUAUUUCAAAGAAGCCUUUCAGUCUCUACUUACUGACUCCGAUUCUUUGAUGACUAAUCGUAGGUUAAAGAGUUGUACGUCUUAUGAAGUUGUACAAGUUAUUAAAGCGUAUAAGAUGUUUUCUAGUGUAUCUCCUAUUCCUUUGUUUGCUAGCUUUACUGCUAAUCAAGCUAUACUUGAUGCCGUGGACGGUGCGAUGAUCAUCCACGUCAUCGAUUUCGAUAUCGGGUUUGGAGGCCAGUGGGCGUCUUUUUUAAAAGCGGUUUCGGAAAAAGCGGAGGCUAGGAAAGUCGGUUCGCCGGCAGUGAGGAUCACCGCGGUAGUGAAGGAAGAGUAUGAAUUGGAAUCGAGAUUGAUUAGAGAGAAUUUGAUUCAGUUUUGUGUUGAUUUGAAGUUACGGUUUGAGAUCGAGUUUGUUUCGAUUCGAGCGUUUGAGUUGGUGUCGUUUAAAGCGGUUAAAUUCGUGAACGGAGAGAAGACGGCAGUUGUUGUUACGCCGACGAUUUUUAGGCGGAUCGGAUCGGGUUUUGUUAACAAUAUCCGACGAGUUUCACCAGAUGUUGUGGUGUAUGUGGAUGGGGAAGUGAAUGUAUCCGGAUCUUCGUUUUUAAGGCAAACAGUGUGCGACGGUUUGGAAUUGUAUGCGACGGUAAUUGAGUCGUUGGAGGCGGCAAACGGCAACGGGGAUUGGGUGAGUAGUAUAGAAAUGUUUGUGUUGUUGCCGAAGAUAAUUGCGGUGGUGGAGGAUGUGGCGGGUCGCAAUGUGCCGGCCUGGAGGGAGGUGUUUGGUAGGGGUGGGAUGCGGCCCGUAGGGUUCAGUCAGUUUGCGGAUUUUCAAGCCGAGUGUCUGUUACGAAGGGUACAAGUUAGGGGAUUCCACGUGGUAAAACGACAGGCGGAGAUGGUACUUUGCUGGCAUAAUACACCGCUCGUUGCCACGUCAGCAUGGACUUGUUAACAGGUCCACCAAAACGUAUGAAAUGCUACAAAUGUAUGUUCAAUAACAGUAUUUGCUACUAUAUGUAUUCGAAAGAAUUAAUAAUACAUGCCAUCGGAAAUGUAUAGGGAUAUAAGGAAAGAUGUUUUAGGUCUAAUGUUAGUUGAAUAGCAUGACCAACAAUGAUUGUUUGGAAUUUUACUUGACAUUUCUCGUAAAAGGUGGUGGAAAACAGUCAAAACACUACUGUUAGAUCAUUAUAUAUAUGUGAACAUGUAAAACAUCCUUGAUCAAUAUCGUAUUUUUGAAACCAUGAUGAGGAGCUAGAUUAACUCUACAAAUCGGGUGUCUGACUUCUAUGAUCCAUACUCGAGUUUGAUAACUUAAUGUAACUUUGAGCUUGCAAAGCCAUUAGCCAUGUA